GCCUCGGAGACAGGAAACAUUGUACCAAGAGCUAAGCUUGCAGCACACCAACAGAGGUAUUUUAUUAUAUAAAAAUGACAAGACAGUAUACUGAAAAUGUAAUUCUGUGGAAGAAAAGGGAGUGUUGAUGAAGAUGAAGACAUCAAUUAUAUUUACCUGCCUUUUGGGUGCGUCGUUUGCAGUACCAGUAUAUCAUCAACAAUAUGGAUUAUCUGCAAGUAACAGCAAUGAGUUUAUGCCUUACAAUGGAAAUGCAUACAACGGAGUUGGAUAUGGGCAACCACAGGUCCCCUACAUGCCUCCCUAUGUAUACCAGCAACAGCAGCCUGACAUGGGUCUGCCGUCCCAGCUGCCCCUUAACCCUCAGGUAGCUGGAGGAGUCGGACAAGGACCCAUGCAACCACAAGGGCCGCUGCCUCCUCAGGUCUUGCCACAGUCUCCACUGCCUCCUCAGGGAAACAUGCCUCCCCAGGUUCUCUUUCCACCCUCCCAGAAGGACCAGUCACCUAAUGCACCACAGCAACCACUCAACCCAUGGGACUCUAAUGUUCCUCAGCAGCCACAACAGCCCAACCAGGUACCCUAUUUCUUAAAUCCUAAAAUGCUGCCUUCAUACUACCCUUCUGUAGUAUUCCCUCAACAGACAGGAGGACAGGGAAUGCCUUACUACAUAGGCUAUGGUUACCCACAACCAAAUCAACCGGCUGUCUGGCAGCCAACACAGGAACAAGCCCAGCAGCAUCUGGAGCAGCCAACACAGACAUCCCAACAGCCAAUACAGGAAAACACAGCCAAACGGCCUCCUGUACUUGGAACAGAAACUAUGCUUCCUACAACUGCUCCAGGACAACUUGAAGGAAAUGUCAAUACUGUGACAGAGACGACUCAACCUGGUUCUGCACUCCCUUUUGAGCCAUAGGUAAUGAAAUCAAAAAUGCAAUAUGCGCAAGUAACCUCCAGAACGAAAUGCUGCACAUUACUUUCUUCAAAGCAAGCCAAUGUUUUUCUUACCUGACCAUACAUUUGUUUGCUGCAAUUUUUUACUAUCAGCUUUAAUAUAACAAUACUUUUUAUAUAACUACAUUUUGUAUUAUUAGGGUAUGUAAAAGGACUACGAGUCUUUCUUUAAUUUCAAAUAAUGUUUUCAGAAUUCUUUAAACAGAAACAAAAUGAUGUAUGAUGUAACUGUUUUACACUUAUGAUUUGUUUAGAAGUUGCUUGAAACGUGAGAACACGUGAUAUAAUUUACUUUUUACUAUGAAAAUAAACAUAUUAUGAACACA